AUGCAUCAAAUAUCGACAGUAAUCCUGAUAAUCGCACUGACGACGGCCGUCAAUGAGUGUCAUGCAGAUGAAGAUGGCAGCGCCGACCAAAUGGCCAUGGAGGCGAAAGCGGCGCCAGUUAUCGCAAAUCUAACCACAAUCAAUACUAAAAAUAUAAAACCUUAUCCAAACGUAACUAAUUUAAACUACAACCAAACAGUCAAAAUCGAACAGAGACCACCGAGCAAACCACCAAUAUAUCUCACGCCAGAUAAAAAAUUCUACGUCCCCGUACCGCACCACUAUUACAAAUCGCCACCACCGAGGCACGUUUACUCAAAAGAACCCAUAAAAGUGACCAAUGGCAUAUAUAAGUUCCAUGGAGUUAAUUACCACGUGAAACCGCCCCCGCCAAAUCAACAUUAUUACAAUAAACCCCAACCGCUGCACGCUCCAACGACUCCAAGGCCAUCUAGCCCAAAACCCCAUGCUCAAUCAACAUAUGCAAGUUCAACCCCACCACCGAGGCAUCAGCCUACAUCAAAACCAUUGGUAUACUCGGCGUCAACUGGAAAACCCAUAACUGUAUCAAAGGGACCUAAACAUCCAGCAAACAUCAAACCUCACAAGGUCGUUAUUCCGGUCCAAACGGUCAAUGGCAUUCGGACAGAAUACAUCAAACCUGCCCUGCAAUAUGUAAAUGUCUACGAUUAUCCCUCGACGACAAUUAUUCCAACUACAACUAGAAAGUUUUUAAGGACGAAACGCAUUUGGCCAAAGAGGAUCUUGGAUAAAUUAAAUAAUACUAAUAGCAACUCCAGUGUUAACAUAGAAGGAGCCAAUUAUAACAUCAACGAUAUAAACUUUGGCGCUGAAAGCUCUCAGCACAUGGUCAUUUAUGGCGGAAGGUCAGAAACAACUACGGCUAUUUCUAACGCGACAACUAGAGUGCACCGCAGGGUGACCAGAGCUCCUAAGAACAGAUCCACGACAGAGGCAAGUAAACCAUUAAAAGCCAACGAAUGGGUACCGAUUAAACCGUCGCAUUUCGCCAAUGCGAACACGCACAGAAGAAAGCGUUCCAUUCAAUCUUAUUUGGAUAACGCUGACUAUUUAGCGAACAACUACCGGCUCAAUUUUUUAAAGGACGACCAAACUGAGGAUUAUUUUAAAGACAGCCUACCCAGCAGUUUUUAUAAUACCGACCAGCAUGAUAUCUUCACCAACCAGCAUAGCAACAGUUACCUCACCAGCCAAUUAAAAAAUAAGUAUUUCGCCAACCAACAAAGCAACUUCCUUACCAGCCAGCAAUUAAAUGCCGCUUCACAGAAGAACCCGUUAUAUUUACACACCUACGGACUGAUUCCAAUGAGUGAGUCAUUGCAGAGUUCCAAGCCCGAAGUGAAUCCGAACGUGGUGAUUUUUGGUAAAAAGAAGCGUAAGCCAGCGCUAGCCCCUGCUCCCCAAGUCGAUCCGAGCGAACUUCAUAGCGAAGCAAGCGGCCAAUCCAAGGUAUAUACGAAGAUAAAGCACCAUCAUCAUCAUCACCAUCAUCGAUACAUUAAAACUGUCGAGAAACCCGUCCAAAUCCCGGUCAAAGUAGAAGUACCCAAGCCUUAUGCUGUCGUGAAAAAAGUGGGUGUGCCGGUGCCAGUAGAAAAAAUUAAAGUUGUCAAUAGACCAUAUCCCGUUACGGUUGAGAAAAAAGUUCCCUACCCUGUGCACGUGAAGGUUCCCCAACCUAUCCCGGUGAAAGUUGUGGAAAAGGAGUAUAUCCCGCGCCCGUUCCCAGUUGUACAUCAAGUGCCUGUUAUAAAGCAAGUAGAAGUUAAAGUUCCCCAUCCCGUACCUGUGCAGGUCGAGAAACGGGUACCUUUCCCGGUACAAGUGGCCGUUCCGGUCGACAAACCCUACCCCGUUCCGGUCCCAGUCGUGAAACGCGUUCCCUAUCCAGUCCCGUAUAAGAUCAUCGUGCCUCGUCCUUAUCCCGUCGAAAAGAAGGUACCGUUCCCAAUCGAAGUUAGGGUAAGAGAACCAUAUGAAGUAAUUAAACACGUCCCUGUUAGAGUACCAUAUCCAAAACCAUACCCGGUAAAAGUACCCCAUCCGGUUCCCGUCCAUGUGGAAAAGAGAGUUCCCUACCCAGUUGAGGUAGAAAAGAGAGUCCCAGUCAGAGUAGAGGUACCCGUUCCACAGAAAGUGGAAAUCGAGAAAAAGGUCCCAAUUUACGUUCCCAAGCCGUACCCCGUAGAGAAGAAAGUCCCUUACCCAGUUAAAGUUCCGUACCCAGUGAAAGUUCCUAUUAAAGUACCGGUCCAAGUGCCGAUAGAAGUCCCAGUUUACAUACACCAUCCCUUCCAAAUUAUCAACGAUGAUAAUAUUGCAGGCGGCAGUUCAGUACACCAUUUGAUCGCAGGAGUCACCGCGGAUAUGAUGGGGAGCAGCGAUCCCGAUGACGUCACAGGAACUCCGUACGGAGUCACUGUUCACGGAAACUCAGGCUACGAUGAUGAAAAUAUGGAAAAUAGGUCGGACUACGCAGCAACCACGGCUUCGUCCACAACACCCUAUAGUGUUAAAAAAUGA